GGAUUACUUUCCGAGAACAGCUGUCGGGCCCUCUUGAGAGGCCAGAAAUCGACUCUUUUAAAGAGCUAAUAAUCCAAAUUAUGCGGUAAAAAUCCGUCCAUGAGUCUCACGUGAAAUUUGACAACGUAAGGCCAGCUGGUGUUCCUGCUGCUGCCCCGAUUGCUGAAGAAGGAAGUACAUUUCAUUCCCAAGAGCUGUUGUCGUAGCCAUGUGGGGCUAGGAGAGGAGCAGUGAUUCUUUACGGUAUUAAGCAGUAAAUAUGGAGGCUGCCUGCAAAUCAGAUGGCGGGGAGCAGAGUCAUCCUCGUAGCAGCGUGGAAGCGCCUGGGGACGCUUCUAUGGACAGCUACCUGCGAUCUCAGGGUUUAUAUAGAAAGCGGGUUGCCAAGGAUGGAUCCUGUCUUUUCAGGGCUGUAGCUGAGCAGGUGUUACACUCACAAUCUCGCCAUGUUGAUGUUAGGAAUGCCUGUAUAAAUUAUCUUCGGAAAAACAGAGAAAAAUUUGAAGCGUUUAUAGAAGGGCCAUUUGAAGAGUAUUUAAAGUGCUUGGAAAACCCCCAGGAAUGGGUUGGACAAGUGGAAAUAAGUGCCCUUUCCCUUAUGUACAAGAAGGAUUUUAUAAUAUAUCAGGAACCAAAUGCUUCACCUUCACAUGUCACUGAAAAUGGCUUUCCUGACCAGGUACUACUGUGUUUUUCAAAUGGAAAUCACUAUGAUAUUGUUUAUCCUAUAGAGUAUACACAAAGAGCUGCUUUGUGCCAAUCUCUUCUUUAUGAGCUGUUGUAUGAAAAAGUAUUUUGUAUUGAUGUGAAUAAAAUCCUAGUGGAACUAAGCAUGACAGAAGAAAAUAAUGGUAACAGUGAAGUGUCUGAUUCAGAUUCAGAAGACAACUGCAAAAGUAAAACUACUGCAGUUACUGAUAUGAAUGGAUUAAAGUCUCUUUCUGGCAGCAAGCACCUUAAGAACAAUGGAAAUCCCACCUCAUUUUUGCCUAAAAAAAUUCUUAAGUCACUCAAUCCAUCAGUUUACAGAAAUGUUGAAUAUGAAGUUUGGCUACAAUCAAAACAGGAUCAGCAAAAACGGGAUUUUUCAAUUGCUGCUGGCAUGCAAUAUUCAGUUGGCGAUAAAUGUAAAGUGCGCCUAGAUCCCAAUGGGAAAUAUUAUAAUGCCCAUAUCCAAGAGGUUUGCUCUGAUAAUGGGCCAUUUGUUGUUUUUGUAGAAGAGCUUGGAGAAAAGCAUUCUGUCUCACUGAAAAGCCUUAAACCACUUCCACAGGCAUCUCCUAUGGAAGGCUGGAACACUGUGUCAGGGAAAAAGAUAAAAAAAUUCUCUUCAGCAUGUGGACAAAAUGUUCAGUCUGAAGCAGACUGCAGAGGGCCAAAGAAUCAAAGCAAACCAAUAAAAACCCAGUCAGUGCUAUCUCCUCGACAGCAGUAUGCUGUGGGAACCAGACAGCAUCAGUUCUCAUGUUCUGGAUCACAGUCUCAGCAGAUAUCUACUGAGCACAAAACUCUGGGCAGAAAUCCAUCCCAGCCUGUAAGAAAACCAGACCGUGAGAGAGCUGAAGAUGUGGACUACAUUAGCAGAGAUUGUAACUACUUUGGCCUAUCUCCAGAGGAACGCAGAGAGAAGCAGGCCAUAGAAGAAUCUCGUUCACUUUAUGAGAUUCAGCAAAGAGAUGAACAGGCUUUUCCUGCUCUUUCUAAUCAUUCAGUUUGUCAAGCUGCCACACAGACUGCUGAUACUUCCAUAAAGCUCCCAGCUGUUACUGAGAGAAGAAACAGCAGGUGGAAGUCAGACAUGGAAGAGCAAAAGGAUAAAGAUGGCAUAAAAGGAAAUGUUUUCUGGAUUAAAGAUUCAAAUUCUAGGCAGAUCCACUUGAGUCAGAAGUUUGAGUCAAAUUCAUCUGAGAAGAAUGGUGGAAAUGACAAGUUUCCAAAAGCUUCAUCUCCUUUGAAACAAGAAGAGACCCAUUCUCAAUCUUCCACUGAACAAAAACUGACCGAACGCUUACCAUGUGUAAAUCCAACUCCCUCUCCUGUCUUCUCUGAGGUGCAUUUGCCUCCUACUGUGCCUUCUAUUCCAACCAUUGUGCCAGCUUGGCAAAAUGAGCCAACUUAUGGACCAACAGGUAUUCCAACCCAAAUACCUGUUUCUUCAUUGAUGCCGGCCCCGACAACUGGACCUGAUUCUGUUGUAUCCCAGGCAACAUCUGCUCCAGUUGCUGGAGUUCCUUUGUCAUUACAAACAGUUAACCAGCCUUUAAUGCCUUUGCCUCCGACACUGAAUCCUUAUCAGGACCCAUUGUUCCCCGGAUUUCCUUUUAGUGAAAAGGGGGAGAGAGCCAUUGCGCCACCUUAUUCCCUGUGUAAUACUGGUGACGAUCUGCCUAAAGAUAAAAAUAUUCUUCGAUUUUUCUUUAAUCUUGGUGUGAAGGCAUACAGCUGUCCCAUGUGGGCACCACAUUCUUACUUGUACCCUCUGCAUCAGGCCUAUCUAGCUUCUUGUAGAAUGUACCCAAAAGUGUCAGUUCCUGUAUACCCUCACAACCCUUGGUUCCAAGAGGCUCCACCAAAUCCAAAUGAAAAUGAAACAGCACAAACAGACAGACAUUUUCCUAUGCAAAAUGAGGCCAAAUCUGGUGAUCACAGUCCACAAAUUGACACUAGGUCUCCAUCAUUGCCUCUGAUGAUAUCUACAGCUCAGGUGUCAGAAAGUCAAGGACAGGUCUGUGUAAACUCUGAGAACCCAGUGCAAGCGCUUCAGUCAGAUCAAGAUGAGUCAGUAGGAGGAAAAAACAUGUUCCUGCACCCACCAUUUGGACACAAUCAGUUUUUAGGAGCUGUUCCAAUAGCACCUCCUUUUUUCCCUCACUUUUGGUAUGGAUACCCAUUUCCAGGUUUUAUGGAAAAUUCUGUAGUGAGAGCUAAUGUUAUGUCACCUGAAGACACAGAGGCAGCUGUUAGCCCCUCAGCAAAUAGAUCUCUGACUAAAGAAUGCAGUAUUCCAGUUCCAGCAGCGAGCUGUGUGGAGCAUCUUCAGAAAGCAAUGAGUGAAAGUAACUCUAAGGCCACACCUCUCUCUGUGGCCGGUUUGACCAGUGAAUGUGAUGUCCUGAAUGAAACCUCAACCAGGAUGCCUAAGGUGGAGCAAAUCUGUACUGCUGUUUCUCCUGCUAAACAAGUAAAGCCUGCACUACAAAAUCGCUCUACACAGAUGCAGGGGAAUGAGAGGCAAACAGUAGUCUCACAUGCCUCACCAUCAGUAACUGAGCCAUCAAAAAAUGAACUUAAAAGUCGUAAGGAAAAGCCAGAGAAAGCCAGAGAUUCCAAGGCUACUGAUAACUUACAUGCCAAUGUCGUAGAAAGCAGGACACACAGAACAAGGGAAGAGAGCUCUGAAGAUGAAAAUGAGGUGUCUGAUAUGCUGAGAAGUGGUAGAUCCAAGCAAUUUUAUAAUCAAACUUAUGGCGGUGGCAGAAGGCCAAGAAAUGAAUGGGGCUACCCUUCUAGUAGGGGAGGAUACCAGUACCCAAGAAAUGAGGAAGCCUGGAAAGGACAACCCAACAGAAGCAGAGAUGAAGGUUACCAAUAUAACCGAAAUCUUAGAGGGAGGCCAUAUAGAAAUGAUAGAAGGAGGGCAACCAUGGGAGAGAACCAGAGGGGACAUCUAGCAUAGGGAUAUCUUCUUGGAAGGUUUCAAAUGCAAAUACAAAUUUAAUGUAUAGACUCUAAAAUCUUCCCAGGUUUUUUGUUCUACAAUGGGGUAUAUUUGUACACUCAGAGUAAGGCCUGGGAGAACAAACUCCUAGUCCUAGCAUUACAUUUCUUGGCAAUUAAAUACAUUUUGGUUUAGCAUUUUUUUCAAAUUUCUGGAAGUAGAAAAUAAAAUUGUUUUAAAAUAUAAAAACAAUACAGGUUUAAUAUUGAAUUUUUUUUCCAUAGAAGUUUGUGUUACAAUAAAAUGUUCACUGGAGUGACAUACAGUAUUUGACAUGAUCUAGGUUCUAAAACUGGUAGUGUUGCACCAAAUAUAUAUGUAUAUUUUAUCAUACGAUACCUUCGUUCUAAACUGAGCUAAAGGAAUUCAGUCUAUCGUACUGUUUUUGAUAUGCUUCCAACCCAAAGGCCUUUCAUCUCAAAAUCUGUCAAACUUGAAUGUUUCUCUUUCGUGUGUUACAUCUAUGGCAUUGGGCUAGCUGUGUCGUAGAUAUGUUGUAUAUAGUUCUUUUAAUAGUCAUAGGGCAUAUUUUUGAAUUUUAAAAAGCAUUUGUUGAGAGUCAAGAAUAGCUGUGUGAAUUGAAAAUUAAAUGGAAUGGCUGUUUCCACCAAGAAUUCUUAACACUGAUGUGACUAUAAUGGUGCCUAUGCCAACAAAAUAUUUACAAAGACAAUAAAAAUGUAGAUGCUAUGCAUUUCCAAAAUAUUCUGCAUCUGUUAUAAUAGCAGAAGUUUUUUAAUGCCACUUUAACACUAAUGCACUGACAAAUCCUAAAUAUUUUGUGAGCAGAGAUGCAUAAAAUGUUACUUUUUUUUUAAGUUUGUAUGGUGAGCUACUGUUGAGUUCUUUGUUGUUGCACUGUUGAUGCAUAUUGGUUACGCUUUGCAUGUACAACUCAUUGCUGAAACUACUUUUUAAAAACAGGAUAGAUGUGUUUUCAAAAUAUAUGCUCUAGAAUUCAGAAGAAAACAGCCUCUGCCUUAUAUUUUUACACUGUCAGAGUUCUGAUUGCUGUUUCUUCUGACUCUUAAAGAUUUCUGCAGUGUUCCUGAUUAUUGCCUUUGAAGCUGGGAUACUCAGCUAUCCAAACUCAGAGAGUGCAGUGUGCACAGUAUUCACUCAGCUCUGUUGCUUUGUAAAAUUAAUUGUUGUGUAUAUUUUUAUAUCUCUGUAUAUACCAGUGUAAAAGGUGAUGGUGCCCUUUUAUUCAUGUCUAUGCGAUUGUAUACCUUUUGAUCAGGAAACUUGAGUGAUACUGUUAUACAUGUGACAAAGCAAUUUUUUUCAGAUGCAUGUUGUGUAUAAAACACCUAAUUAAAAAUAAAUGUUUGUCCUUUCACUUUCUCUUAAAACUAUAGCCUGCAAGGGUGCUGUGAAAAACAACAAUGAAGGGCUCUACUAAACUUUUGCUUCCCUGUUCAUAUUCAAUGAAUACAUAAACUAAUGGGGGAACAAAUAAUGUUAAGCUACUCUUUACUUUGUGUAGUGUUUUUGUUUUUUUUGGCUGAUCCUUAAAAUGGUGCUAUUUGAAAUCAAUCCAUUGCUCACUGACUUCUGUGGGCACUGAAAUAGAUGUAUAGUCACACGUGCCUUUGUAUGUAUUAUGAGGGGUGUGUAACAUUUGAUUUAAAUUUCUCAUUGUAGGAAAGUGCACUUUUCUAGAAACUUUUCUCAAGGGCUGAUGUUCAACAGGAGUAUAAUAGCAUUGGAAGGAAUGGACUCUUGAAAGGAAAAGUGAUUUGCAGGACUCUAACAUUAACCUUGCACCCUGUCCCUUUGCUUUAUCAUGUAUAAAGGAGGGUGUAAGGUGUGAGUGAGUGAGAGAGAAAUAAUGAAUGUCAAGUCUAGCUAUCUUUGGUUUUGUUGGAAGACCUGUUGGGCAAAGAAAGUCCCAAAACUUGUUUAUCGGCCAUCAACUAUUAAGGAUGUGAUUCAGCAAGAGUUCUUAAGCAUGUGGAUUCUGUUAAGGCUAGAGGACUGCACUUAGUGAUCCAUAUACUUAAGUACCUUGCUGAAUGGGGGCCUAGAGCACUGCACCCCAACCUGAUGGGACCCAGCUACAAGUGUCAGGUUCAGGUUAGGUUGGAAAAUUAUCCUGCCUGUUGCUUCUGAAGAACUCCUAGCUGUAGAGUCAGCACAGUAGGGGCUGCAUGUCCUGCUUUUGUCUGCCACAUCGGUGCAUUCUGAGUCUACUACAAAGCAGCACAGCACCCACAUUUUGCAGCAGGACAAGCUAUUGGUGUUGGGCACCAUCCAUAAGGGCAGAGGUGAUUGAGUUUUGGGAGAAGGGUUGGGUCUGACUGAGUAAGCUUUGGUCUUGCUUAGGUCCAGAUCUGACUGCAAAAGCCAGACCAUUAUAGAAGCCUACUGCAUAUAAGGUAAGGGGACAGAAUCUUUAGUUGUUUGAAAUAAACAGGAAUUGACAAAAAUGAGACCCAAAGACUUAACUGAAUAAAAAUCCAUUUUCAACUUUCAUUGUCAAAAGUUCUCUAGUCUUCUGAAGCUUGUUCUGUACUUAAUUUUGGUGAGGCAACUGUGUCUAUGGACCCUUAGAAAUUCACUGCUCAAUUUGGUCAAUUUCAUGAUGCUUGGAUUUUUAAAACAAACUUUCAGGUGUUUCCAAGCCCAAGAGUGUCAUGGAGGGUUGCAAAGCUACUGUAGAGGGUUUGGAGGAUUGCCACCAUUACUUUUGCAAUACUGCUGGUGGGGACAGUGCCCAGCUCUAAAGCCUAUGCUGCCACCAGCAGCAUUGUAGAAUGAGGGUUGCAGAGGUUGGGGGUGGGGUAGGCUGUAAGAAGCAGGGCUCUGGAAGCUGUACAGCUACAAAGCUUCCUGCAGCUGGGGAGGUUUCAGACUUCCCUAGAGCAAGAACUCAGGUUAAUUUUUUACUUACAUUUUUCAAGCUGAAUUUUCACUUCAGAAAUGUAUUGGUACUGUUUUUUGGGGUGGGAACCUUUGUUCCAAAAGCCAGUUAUAUUGAGGGAUGUGUGUUUAUAAGGGUGCCCCCAUGUCACUUUUACUUGUAUUAUCAAUACUUACUGGUACAAAUUCUUUUGUAUAGUACACUGAAACUUGAAUGCUUUGUUAUAGAUUUUUAUCUGAUGUAAUAGUUAAGUAUGGAAGUGGGAGUUAGAGCCACAGACAUCUCAACAUCCAUUCUAGGAGUUAAUGACUUUGAUUCUGGGCUCUGCUUUCAACAGUGUUGGGUGAGUAAAUUAGCAUUUCUCACUAUACAAUGGAAAUAGGACUCUCCUUUGUAGAGAAUUUUUGAGAUCUGUGGAUUAAAGUACUAUAUGUGUAUUCUUCCUGAAGGAGGUGGUUUCAAUAUCACUGGAACCUUAUGAAAUAUGGAUACAACACUCAUAAGCAUAACUGGGAAUUGAAAAAGGAACUCAAGGUUUGUUUUUUAAAUGCAAGUAUUAAAAUAUUGCAUUUAUAUGAAUCAAGCAAUGAGAGUCCAUGUUUGUGCAACAAUCUUAAUUUUUGUUAGGUGCUCUUUGCAAUUUGCUGUUUUGCUUUGAUCAUCAUCCCCACCCUCACCCUUAUCUUUGCUUCUUACCUCAACAGGCUGUUUAAUUGCUUUAUAAGCUCUGCAUGCAUAUUCCUUUACAAACUACAGCAUAAACUUUUAGUGAGGGCUUGGAUUUCUUUACUAACCUUUAACAUGUUCCUAAAACCCUGAAUACUUUCAUGUCAAUCUACUAUUGUUUCUGCCAUGCCUGAUUAGUCUCAUUGUCGCUAACACUGCCUACAACUAUUGCUAGUGGAAUUAGUAGGCUCAAAUAAUCUCUGAACCAGUGGUGGUCAAUGUGUGUUUUUUUUUUUUAAAUGGUAGGUAUGCUUUGUUUGGAUAAUUUUUAAAAAUUAAGAAUUUCUAGUGUUGCAACACUGCUGGUGAACCAAUGGGGGGAGUACUACGCUAUCUGGCUCUGGCAGCGCCUUGCAAGUUGCUGUUUUCACCAUCAUAUUGAUUAGAAGUGUUCAGUACAGGGUGGAUGGUACCCAUAUCAAUCCUGAUAACUUACGUUUUAUAGCACUAAGGCGGUUGCAAGCAAUAUGUGACUCAAACUGGAAUCUCUGCUUCACUCUGAGGCUGAAUAUUCUAACUAAGGUGCUGCUGGCCUCCCCUUUUACAUGAACCAUCUCUCCCAAAGAUUGGUGAGGAGCUGACUGACUGCAACCUCCCCUAUUCCCCUGCCCCCAUUUAGAUCUAGUCCUUUUUCUGCAGGUUCAAGGCUGGGUACCUUUCACAGACCUAGGCAGCUUUAAUUGUCAUUCCCUACAGUUGGCCAGUGUCAGUUUCAGACUCUAUGAUUGGCUAUAGUGUGACACUUGUACACCAUAAGCCCCAUGCCUCUGGCUACAUUUAUGAAUUCUUUGAUAUUGACGUAGAAACCUUAGAUGACAAUCUAGAAUCCCCAUAUAGUCCCAUUAAGCUCAGACUCCGACUUUAAGGUCGAAAGGGACCAUUAUGAUCAGCCAGUCUGACCUCCUGCACAAUGCAGGUCACAGAAUCUUACCCACCCCCUCC